CGGUGCUUUAUAGGUCUGAGGAGCGACAGAGCCCGGUGUUAAGCGGCAGCUGCAGCCCACUGCACCGUUCAGAGAUGGAGGCAGAGCCGACAGCCGCUCAGCUCCUAUAAACCGGACAGGAGGACAGUAGCUGGGGGACACGGUGACCAUGACUGAUUCUACUGAGUGAACAUUUCCACUAGAAAACACCGGGAGCGCCUCUGGGAUCCAAUGAAAGCAGCCCUGUGUUGAGCCUCUCCUCGGUGGGUUGGCAUGGCUCAGUGAUGAACGGAGCGGUUUUGCCCGGUAGCCCGGAGCUUUCCUCCUCAUGCCCGCUGCCUGACUGGAGAGAGUUCUGUGAGCUCCACGCUCGAGCCUCAGCUGCUGACUUUGCCGACAAGUUCCAGCGUUUUCUGUCGGAGAACCCGUGCUACGACUCGCCAGGUGCCGAUGCCAGCUUCUCACAGCAUUUUGCCAACCACUUCCUUGAGUGCUUCUCUGUGGCGCUGACCCAGGCAAAAGAGAAGCAAGUGUCCUCUCCUGGGGACGAAGGCUGCAACGCGGCUCCGAAGUACACCAUUGUUCCUUUCCUGGGAAUCCAGGGUUGUCCACUGUCCUACGGUCACGACCUCUAUCAAAGGCGUAAGGACACUGGGGCUUCAAGUGAGUCUCUGGACAGCAUGGACAGUGGUGGGGGAGGGAUAGAUGGGGGAGGCAGUGAAAAUACCUCCUCUCGAGGUCCACAGACUCAUAAGAUGUCAGUUUUAGGACAGUCUCGGAGCUCAGAGGACGUGUCUGUCAGCCACCCUAAGGCUCGCUUCAAGAAAGGCUUCUCAUUGAGGAACAUGAGUCUGUGUGUUGUAGAUGGGGUGAAAGAGAUGUGGCAUAGACGGGCCUCCCCCGAACCCGACGGUCCUUCAGGAACCAGGAAGGCCAAUGGAGGAGGGGAGGCAGGAGGGGGGGAGAAGUGGUCCCAGAAGCUGAGGCUCCCCCGGAGUUCCCAGAGCCACAAAGCCGAGCUGCUGGAGAUCCAGAGGGAGGGGGCGCUGAGAUACAUGGUGGCCGACGACACAAACUGUAUGGGUGCUGCACAGUGGCAGAAGUGCCGCCUGCUGCUCAGGAAGACAAAGCGUGAGGAAGGAGGGGAGAAGUUCCUGCUGGAGUUCUACGUUCCUCCGAAGUGUUCGAAGCCUAAAGUGAGCAUCCCUCUCUCAGCUAUCGUGGAGGUGAGGACCACCAUGCCACUGGAGAUGCCCGACAAGGACAACACUUUUGUUCUCAAGGUAGAAAAUGGGGGAGAAUACAUCCUGGAAACCAUCGACUCUCUGCAGAAAAACUCCUGGGUGGCUGAUAUCCAGGACUGCAUAGACCCCGGAGACAGCGGCGAUGACAUCGAGCUGGCGUCAUGUCCUCACGGUCAGGCCUCCAAAGAAAGCUCAAUGGUGGCCUCCUGCAGCUGUGAGCUGCUCUCCGAGGGUGUGUAUCGCACUCCAGAGAGGUCCUGUUCCACAACAGCAGAUCAUUACAGCGCUCCCUCUGUGCGAUGCAGGGAGCCUCCUUUCACCCAGCACCCGUCUCACAUGCCUUUAGAGCGCUUCCUUCAGUCCCCAGAGGCUCAGAGCUCUACCUCUUCUGCAGGUUGUGGCGAAGCAACAAAAGAGCCAGAGGCUGAUGCCAGCUUGGCAGGUUAUCCGUGGUUUCACGGUACUCUGUCCCGUGUGCGAGCGGCUCAGCUUGUGCUGGCGGGCGGGGCAAGGAGCCACGGACUCUUCGUGAUUCGGCAGAGUGAGACACGGCCGGGCGAGUACGUUCUGACCUUCAACUUCCAGGGCAAAGCCAAGCAUUUACGCUUGUCUGUUAAUGAGAACGGGCAGUGCCACGUCCACCACUUGUGGUUCCACACCGUAACAGAUAUGCUGAGACACUUCCACGCCCACCCGAUUCCCCUGGAGUCCGGAGGUUCAGCUGACAUCACAUUACGCUCAUAUGUGCAGGUUCAGAGAAGCUCCACUGCAGAUUCCACCAUGCCUAUGGUUUUGACUCCUCCUAGGGAUGCAUCCUGCAGGACGGAUCCAGCUCAGACGAUUCUUCACCCUCCUGGAACUGCUGCUUCUGCAGGGCCGUCAUCUGAUGGCCCCAUAUCCUCGAGCACCUCCUCCUCACCCACUGCCAUCCCAUCCCUCUCCAGAAGUGACCCUGGUACAGGACUUGGUGUGGGAGCGGGGCUGCAGAGCCGUAGUAACAGCUCAGAACGCCUUCUGGAGGCCUCGAGCGGAGCGUCCGAGGAUUACCACGACGCUGAUGGGACCCGCAGAGCCCGUGCUGUAGAGAACCAGUACUCUUUCUACUAAACAACCCAAAACAUGGGGUCUGCUUGUUUAUAUUCUGAAAAUAUAAGGUGUCACGGACCGCUCUGCACAUUUCCAAAUGGUCCAAAUCACUCCUCAUUUCCUCUGUUUGUUUUAACUCCGUAUCUCGGAACUGGAAAGCAGAUGAGGCCAAGCAGUGUGUCCAUGCUUGAUUCAAACCAGAUAUCAAGGGUAUGGGCAGCAGGUAUUAAACAACAUGUUAUGAUGCACAAAAAAACUUAAAAGUGUGGAUGAUUGCAGCCAGAGACAGUAAGGGCAACUUACAUAAAUAGAGUCAUAUGACUUCGAUUCACCUCCUUUGACCAUUUCCUGCUGAGCCUUACCCACAGUUCUCCAGGAGCAGAGCCUGUCAGAGUCCUCUGCCAGAGGACUGAGAGUCUGAAAUGACCUCGCAGAAACCCCACCCCCUCCGCUCCUUAGAGCAUCCUGUUAAUGUUUGUAAAGCUGCUUUGAAUCUGUCCCGGAUAUCCUCGCUGUCCCUGAGGGUUUCUGUUCAGAGUGCUGCCUCGGGUCGCUACGCUAACAGUGGUUCAGUUAUCACAUGUGUUCAUGUUAGCUGAGAGGUAUAUAUCCUAAACAUGAACAGCCUGAGGGGGCUUGCUUUCUGACAGUUUGCUUAGACGUUAACGGACCAAAGCAGACAACAACGAGGAAUUAACACCCCAAAUUGUCCAAAACUAAACUGUAGGGAAUAAAUCUGCUCUCAGUUUCUGGUUAGAAUCUAGAAUGCCUUGGAGGAAGUGUUCAUAACCCCUGAACUUUUCCACAUUUUGUCACAUAUCAACCCCAAAAUGCAUUGCAUACUAUUGGAUAAUAUGUGUUAAACCAGCACAUAAUUGUUAUAUGGAAGGAAAAUAACAUAUCUUGAAGGGGAUCUGAAAACUGUUACUUUCAUUUGUAUUUUUCUCCAUUGACCCAGAAAAACCUAAAACAGUCCAAUCAGGGUACGCCUGUGUGUAAUGUAUUCGUAGUAUAAAUCCAGCUGUUCUGAGAUACCUCACGUUUUUUUUGGAAGAAAAUCUUGGAUAAGCAGAAUCAUUUAGAAGAAAUAAUGCAGCAGACAGGUCAGACAAAAAUUAGGAGACAGUUAAAGCAGGAUCUGGUUAGAAAGAAAGGUUGAAAACUUGAAGAUCUCAAAAAGCUCAAGUCUGUCCAUCAUCGGGAAUAUGAAAGAGCAUCUUCCACCCCUCCUGAACUAAAAUGAGAUACAGGGAGAGGCUAGUGUGGACUAUGGAAAAUCACUAUGGAAAUCCAGAGUUUAAGUUGGAGAAUCUGUUCUCAGGAUGAGUGGUGUACUCCCACAACCUUCCCUGAAGAGUGGAAAAAAAUAAAAUCUCUUUUGAAAGAAAGAAAUUUUCAGUUUUGAACUAGUUAGUUGAAGAAAAAGUAAACACAUGGAAGGAGGGUCCCUGGUUAGAUGAGAACAAAAUCAAACUUUUUGGCAAACAUUUGAAACUUAAGACUGCACAUCCAACCAUCCCUGAGAGGAAACACAGUGGUAGCAGCAUUAUGCUGUUGGACUGUUUAUCUUUAGUGAGAGUGUUCAAAGAGUAUGGGAAGUACUGGCUAAUAAGACACAGGUUACAAAAGACUUUAGACUGGGGCAGAGGUUCCCCUUUUGACUGAACAAAGACCAUAAAAAAUAAUCCAAUCUGAGGGAACCUCAGAGUGAUUUAGCAAAGAAUGGGCAAAAAAAUAAUAAAUAAAUCACUUAAUUUACAUGAUCAAAAGUGCAAAAGAACGAAACAACCCCAAAAAGAUAUGUUGGUUUAAUUAAGGGAACUGAAAGAUAAGCUUCAAUUUACAGAUUUCUAUUUGUAAGGGGAUUAUACACACAUUUAAUUCCAACUUUCUUUACGAUUAUCUGUAACUUCUUGUUCAUUGAUCACAUAAAACCCCAGUUAUUUACACUGCAGUUUGUGUUGGUAAUGUAAUAAAAUGUGGAGAAGUUUGGUGAAUAUGACAUAUUCUGCAAGACACUGUACCAAGAAUGCCAUAUGUGAAGGUUUUGGAAGUUUUAGCGAGGACACUACAUACAGACACAUGGCCAGGUGUUGUUUUACUAAUUAGUUUAACAUAUUUUAAUGGACAGGAGCAGCUCCCAUGUUAGUGGGUUGUUACUAUGAAUGUGUGGUGGUGUAUUAGAGUCCAGAUAUUUUUAAUGAUACGUGUGGGUGUGUGUGUGUGUGUGCUGCAGUAGUGUUUCUAAAACAUGCUUUUCAGGGUCCCUGCGUCUGAAGAUGGUUCUGUAUUAACACACAUCACCAUCAUCAAUGGUAACCUGUAGUUUAGAGGCUCCGAAUAUGAGAUUACUUUGAAGCAAUGCCUUGAGGAUUUUAUUAAACCAAACCCAGCAUUGAGUGAAGGGACUUGCAACUUUCGUUUUUUUCUAGAAAAGCAGCAUUCGGUACUGUUGUAUGCGCUCCGCAAAUAAGCUUGCAGGUUUUAUAACAAAAACGACAAACUGAAACAUAGUGUGCAAGAUGGCCAUGCUUGAAUCGAUAGAUGGUGUUUUGAUAUUUUAUUUCCAGCUGACCUUGAGCUGAAUUUUUAUACACCUUCUUUAAAAUAGAGCCUCAUUUACAAUUAAAAUGUUUAACAUCUAAUUUAUAUUUAAACGUUUUGGUUAAAAACAGUCUUCCUCUAGCCACAUUUGGCUCUUUAGACCUUCUACAAUGGCUCUUAAUAGUGGCAAAAAAUUAUGUAAGGCAAAACUAAGAAUAAAUACCAGUCUGAGAACUCUUGUUGGGUUUUAUACAGAAUUUCAAAAAUGAAUUUUCAUAUCAGAAUGACUUUAAAACUACCAGAAAUAUGUUUUGUAGGGUUAUUUUUCUUUUAAUUAGAUUGUAAACUAUGUGUUCUAUUAUUAUCACAUCCUAUAGAAGAAAAUCCAAGCUUCAUCUUAAUGAAUCGUUUUAUGUUUUUCAUUGUCUUAAACUACAAAAAGAAAAUCAAAUGUUUGUUAUUUAAGAUAGCAACAGAUUUCCUAUGGCAGAUAUUUAACAAAAAUAAUAGGUUAUUUUAUAUUAAAAAGUUAUAUUUUAAUGAUUUUUGCAUAGCCAGACUCGGGGCAAAAUGGUUCUUUGGAUAUAAAAGGUUGCAGACCCCUGCUCUAGUUUAUUCUCUAAUCCAGCAAACUGGGUCAUGAUCAUUGACCCAAUGUCUGUUUUAAACUUUCUGACCUCUGCCUCAACAGCAUGAAUUUUGAAUUUGGAUUGAACACAUAAAUCAGAUUUUAUUAUUUUUUUUUGCAGAAUUGUAUGAAUAUAUAAUUAACUUUAAAAAAAGAAAGAACUUUAUAAAAGUUUGUGAUAAACAUAGCACCAAACCAAUCAAAAAGUUGUUGAUUUAACAGGAUUUUCUCCUUGAAUAUAUUCUUUCUGUACAUUUUCUGUGUUCCCUGUCUUAUUCUUCCAAAAGACUUCAAAUAUUUCAGAAUACAAUAUGAUCCGUGUCAUGGAGGGGUUGGAAGUUGAAAAAUAACAAAAUAAGGCAAAUUCCUUUUGUUAUUCAAAUGUAGGUAUGUUUUGUUAACCAAAUUUGCAACAUUUUUGGGGUUAUGACCCUUGACCUUAAAGGUAAAAUAUGACCAAAAGUAAUCAUCUUUCGUUUGUUCCGUUUACCUUAAAGAUUAUAAAUAGCAGUUUCAUGUUAUACUGGUAUCGUGUUGCUCUUUUAUUAGAUAUGUGUCUAUUCUAACUACACAGUUAAAUGCAAAGGUUUUACAAUUCAUAAGCUUAAAUAAUCUCCUUCAACACUUCUUGGUCAGCUGGAAUAAACAUGUCGACAGCCAAACUUUUCCUUUUUAAGCAUGGCCACCAAGCCUGAGAGGGGAUUUCAGCGAACAGGUGGAGCAGCUCAUGUGCCAAUAUGAAUCCUAUUUUAUAAAAGCCUAUUAAUUCCUUCACACAUGUAAAUGACAUGUUUCCUAUUGAGCCCUAUUUAUGUACUAGCAGUUCUUUAAGAAACUGUGGAAAAACACGACCCAUUCCACAUAUCAACGAUGGCUCACGUAUUCUUUUUGUUCUGCGUAACCCUCCCACAACUGAACUUUCUGUUGUCUGACCGAGUUUUAAAGAGUCUGUGCAAUUUUGUACAAAGUGAUGUAAUUGACAUACUACUUUAUAUUUCUGUGAAUAAAAUGUGAAUCUAUCAGA